AUGCGGACUGAAGAGAAGGAGGCUGCAACCAGAUACCUCCCUAUCUCUCCAUUGACCCCGAUAUUCCCCAAGGAUAUCCCAAGUCUAGCAUCUUCUGCCAAGGUUAAUACUAAUGUCGAGCCCAGAGCGGCCUUCGAUCUCAGAGUAGAUACGACAAUUGACUCGAGGAUCGUUGAGAGAUUGAGCCGGCUCCUGGUGCCGAACUGUCCGCCGGAGUCGAUGCUUGCGUGGGAGAUACAGCGGCGGUGGAGGCGUGAGGUAGAGUCGGAGUUGACGAUGCCAGAGAUGAUGCACCCAAGGCCCCGCCGGUGGUAG